AUGGCUCUGAGUCCAAGGGCUAGUCUGGUCCUCUGUGAAGACCCGAAGAUGACACCCAGUCUCAACUCCACCGGGGCCCCAGGUUUAGGCUCUGGCACCACCUCUGGGCCAAACCCAGACACAGAUGCUGUUCCUAUCUUAGAUCUGCCCCUGAGUCCUGGCUUGGCUCUUGUUCCAGACCUUACUCCCAUUCUGAGUCCUGCCUCCGAGGAAGCCCCUGGCCGGGGGUCUCCUAACGCCCCCAGGCCUGACGGCAGCAGGGCCGUGGCUCCAGCCUCCCUCCAGAUCACCGCUUCCCAGGCUGGCGAAGCCCUGGGCCUGGAGUUGAAUCGUAUCUCAACGCCUAACUCACAGGGGGCCCCACCUCCAGCCUCAAACCUCGUUCCGAGCCCAGGCUCUACCGAGACCCAGGGUCUGAGCGUGGACAACCACUCUGGGGAGGCCUUCCACUCCCACUCAAGCAAGAAUUUUGAUUUGGGUCAGAGUAACUCCAACCCUUCCAGGCCUGAAUCAAACCCAUUUAUAAGGUCCUAUUCAAGAGAAACCCUAGUUCUGGGCAACUCCAUCUCCAGGCCAUGCUCAAAACCGCUCCUUAUUCCAGCCUCAAACUCUCCUCUGGAUUCCAACUCCGAACACCUGCUCGGUGUGGGCUCCAGAGCCAUCUCCAAGCUGGACCUAAAUGGGGCUCCAGGUUCUUGUGGGACCCUAGUCCCAAACACCAAUGAGAUCAUCACUUCGGCUUCACAUAACAUCUCUAGGUCUGUUUCAGAAGGAGCCUUUGGUGCAGCCUGGAACAGCAGUUCCAAGGGAACCAUCAAUAUGGCUUUAAAUAGUAACGCCAGGGCUAAUUCGAACAUGACCAUCACUCAGGCCGCACGCUUGACCCUGAUUCCGGGCUUGAACGACAAUAUUAGCUUGCACUCCAGGGCCCGGGGAUCCAACUCCGCCCUUUCUCCACCCUCGUACAUGACCCUAAUACUGGGCUCCAAGGAAACUCUGAGCCUGGGCUCUAGCCUCAUCUUCAGCGACACAUCCACCCUGACACUGAGCAGCCAGCAGGAUUAUUCUGAGGACAACACCAUCCACACGGUGCCCCUGGAGGAGCAUCAGCAGAGCUGGAGCAAGGUGGCCAGUGCUGAGAUGGGCCAGUUCCAGCUGGUGGUCUCCACUUGCGACACCCCAGACAGGGACACCACAGCCUUCCAACUUGUCCCUGAGGGAACCUUCGGUGAACUGACCCCAUGCCUGGUGAAUGUGCCAGGGAAGAGAGAGGAUGGCAACAAAAUGACUCUGGUCAAGAAUGUCAUCGCUCUCCAGAAGGACCAGGAUAUGCCAGAAAAUGAAGGAGAGAAGAAGACCAUGAUGAAGAAGAUGAUGAGGCAGAUCCAGGAGGAGCCGCUGGAUUUCCUGUCCAGCUCCACUCGCCAGCAGGCCAUGAUCACCAUGACUCAGCUAAGUCACUCCCAGCCCAUCCUGGGUGUUCAGGAAAGGUUCGAGCUGGUGAACACGUGUGUGAAGAGUGUGUUCUCCCUGCCCCCUGUGCAGGUCAUGCAGGAGAAAGACAAGGCCAAGGCUGAGAAAAUACAGAUACUUUAUGAUCAGACCUUGGAUGCCCUGCAGAAGCUGCUCAAUGCUCUCUUUGUUGAGGACCCCACUCCUGCUGGGCUGAAGAGCAUUUUGGAGCCGCUGGGGCCCUGGAUGAACUCUGGAAAGGCCCAUGAGCGAGCACGCGCUGUGAACAGCAAUGUCAGUGUAUUGAGCCACACGCUUCUCACCCUGCCUUUGUAUAUGCCUUCAGGAUUCCCGGCACUGGGGCUUCUGCUGGGGAGACUCACUCUUCGCGUCGGGGAUCCUGAUGAGAACAUUGGCCGGGAGGCUUUGGAUGGCAUCAUCAUCCUCUACACCAUCCUGGAGGUCCAAAAACGAGCCAGAGAUAAGAAAGAGAUCAACAAAAUGGAGCUGUAUGAGAGCAACAAGCGUUUCCUGGGGCCCUACAACCCUGUCAGCCCAUGCCAGAACAUUCUGCGUGUGAUCGCGGAAUUCGGAGACUUCCUGGGGCCCCAGCAGGUAAAGGACCUGUUGCUAGCAUCCCUGGAAGGACUGAAAGGGGGCUCGGAGGCUCAGGGGAAGGACUCGGGGGAGAUGAUGCAGCUGGCCUCGGAGGUCACGCUCAGCUCAGUGCUGGAGUGGUACCGGCACAGGGCGCUGGAGGUGAUCCCGGAGAUCAUGCAGGCCAUCUAUGUGCAGCUGGGCGACAUCCAGGAGCCCCGGGCCCGCGAGGUGGCCCUGCUGCCCAUCUCUCUCCUGGCCAGCUCCUUUAUGACCGAGGUCGUCGUGGCCCUGCUCAUGUGCCCGCUCCCACUGGACAGCAAUGGAGCAGAGAUGUGGAGGCAGCUGAUACUGCGCAAACCCGGCUGUGAUGUCCAAGACCUGCUGGACCUGCUCCUGGCCAGCCUGAAGGAGAAGCCGGUCUCCAAGAAGGGGAGGGCCUCCAUCGUGCCCCUGGCGGCAGCCAGCGGCCUGUGUGAGCUCCUGUCCGUCAACAGCUGCCUGGGCCGUGUCAGGCGCAUCUACCCGCAGCUGCUCCUGGCCCUGCUCAUCCAGGUCCAUUACCACAUCGGCCUCCACCUGCCUGGCUGCCUGGCUUCCCGAAUGGACAUCAAGAAGAACGCACAGCCCUCCGUCUUCAUACCUGUGUGUUGGGUGGUCAAAGUGGUGAAAACCCUGCUGCUGAAGAUGGGCUGCUCAUACGAGGCCACCCUUCUGGAUGACCAGGGCGGCUGGGAGCUCAUGGGGCAGGCGGAGAACCACCACCGAGGAGUGUCCAUGCUGGCAAGGGCCAUGGUGCACUACUCCUGCCAGGAGAUGUGCCGCAUCCUCUACCUGCUCAUCCCGCUCCUGGAGCGAGGCGACGAGAAGCACAAGGUCACCGCCACCGCCUUCUUCGUGGAGCUCCUCCAGAUGGAGCAGGUGCGGCGGAUCCCCGAGGAGUACUCUUUGGGGCGAAUGGCGGAAGGCCUGAACCACCACAACCCCGUCAUGAAGGUGCUGUCCAUCCGAGGCCUGGUCAUCCUGGCCCGCAGGACUGAGAAGACUGCCAAAGUGCAGGCGCUCAUACCCUCCAUGGUGAAGGGCCUGAAGAAUGUGGACGGGCUGCUGGUGAUGGAGGCGGGCCACAACCUCAAGACCAUCUUCAAGGGGCAGGACCGGAAGCUGAAUGACAGCUCGGUCUACGUGGACAUGCUGCAGGUCCUGCUGCCACACUUCAGUGACGCACGAGAGGAUGUGCGCUCCUCCUGCAUCAACCUGUAUGGCAAGGUGGUCCAGAAGCUGCGGUCACCCUGCACGCCUGCCCUGGAGGAGCAGCUGAUCAGCGCCUUGGUGCCCCUGCUGCUCACCAUGCAGGAGGGCAACACCAAAGUGGGCCAGUUCUGUGUGAAGACCCUGUUCCGCUGCUCUUGCUUCAUGGCUUGGGAGUUGCCAAAAAGAGCUUAUAGCAGGAAACCCUGGGACAGCCAGCAGCAGACGGUGACCAAAAUUUGCAACUACCUCGUGAACACCCAUCGAGACAGAGCCUUCAUCUUUCUCGGCCAGAGCCUGGAGUACGCCAAGAACCCCCGGGCCUCCAUCCGGAAGUGCUCAGUCAUGUUCAUAGGGUCCCUGGUCCCCUUCAUGGAAAGCAUAAUGACAGAAGAUCGUCUGAAUGAAGUUAAAACCGCUCUGGAGAACUUGAGACAUGACCCAGAAGCAUCAGUGUGCAUCUAUGCAGCCCAGGCCCAGGACAACAUCCUGGCCAACGGCUGGCGGAACUCCUGGCCACUGUCACAUGAGGACUCGUGGGUAUGUGACCCGGCCACCACACACCGCUGGAGCACUAGUUGUGAGAACCUGCCCACUACUCACCAGCGGCGCUCCUGGAUCAUGCAGGCCCUGGGCUCCUGGACAAUGUCCUUGAAGCAGUGA